CGCUCAUGAAGCGCUCCUCGUCCAACAGCCCCCCCUCGUCCGCCGUCCGCCACAAAAUGUCCCCCGGCGUCGCCUCCAUCCCCGACUCGUCCGACUCGCACUCGCGCUCCUCGGGGAGCAGCCUCGAGGCCGCCGUGCACGCGCCCGCGUACCCGCGCGACGACGACUACUCGACCUUCAUGAGCGACGUCCUGGUCGUCGGCGCUGGGCCCGCCGGCCUCAUGCUUGCCGACAAUCUGGUGCGAUACGGCAUCAAGACGCGCAUUAUUGAUGACCGGCCCAACCGCACAGAAACGGGCCGUGCCGAUGGCCUCCAGCCCAAGACGAUUGAGACGCUGCGCCAGAUGCGCAUCGCCGAGCCGCUGCUGCGCAAGGGCGUCAAAAUCUACGACAUAGCCUUUUGGAAGUCGACGUCGGAGAAGCCGCUGCACCGCACUGGCCGCGAAAUCCACUACCCGCCCGUCGUCGAUCUGCUCGAUCCCUACAUUCUGCUCGUCCACCAGGGCAUGGUCGAGGGCAUCAUCGAGGACGACCUGCGCGAACGCGGCGUCGUCGUCACCAGGAACACGGCUUUUACCGACUUCAAGUACACCCCCAUGGCCAUCCGCCCCCUCACCGUCAACUGCCACCAAAACGUCGACCACACCAAGCGGACCUUCAACACCAGAUACAUUGUCGGCUGCGACGGCGCCCACUCCAAGGUCCGCAAGAGCAUCCCCGGCGCCGCCCAUGUUGGAUCCACCACCGAGUCCAUAUGGGGCGUCCUGGACGGCGCCCUCGACACGGAUUUCCCCGACAUCUGGAGCAAGGUGGUGAUCCAGUCAGACGAGCUCGGCUCCAUCCUCAUGAUUCCCCGCGAGAGGGGCCUGACCCGUCUGUAUAUCGAGGUGCGGCCAGACUCCAACGAGGCCGUCGGUGCUCAGCAGGCCACGCAAGAUUUUGUGCAAAAGCGAGCUCAGGCCAUCUUGCGUCCGUACAGGCUCGAGUGGAAGACGGUCGAAUGGUUUGGCCGUUACAAGAUUGGACAGCGCGUUGCCGCCCGCUUCACCGACGACCAGCAGCGAGUCUUCAUCGCAGGCGAUGCUAGCCACACGCACUCUCCCAAAGCAGCCCAAGGAAUGAACACGUCCAUGCACGAUGCAUGGAACCUCGCCUGGAAACUCAACUUUGCCAUACGCGGCCUUGCCAAGCCCACCCUGCUGCAGACGUACGAGCAGGAAAGACAAAAAAUCGCAAAAGACCUGCUUGACUUUGACUACGAGCACGCCGAGGCUUUCCACAAGGGCGAUCCCAAAGCCCUUGCCGCAAACUUUGCCAAGAACGUCGCCUUCAUCUCGGGCUACGGUGUCAACUACGAUCUCAACAUUCUCAACGUCCAAUCAAAGGCCUACUGCCGAGGCACUCUGAAGCCAGGAUACCUGCUGCCACCCGCCAAAGUGACGCGAUACAUCGACGCCAACCCCGUCGACAUUCAAACUGACAUUCCCGCGCUAGGCCAGUUCCGUAUCUACUUUUUCACACACAGCAUCCGAGCAUCCAUGCCCUUUUUGGAAACAGUAUGUCACGCACACACCGGCAACGGCUCCUUUGUCGGCCGCCUCAGCGCUGCCGGCAACGCCUCGUAUACCAUGCAACCGCCGCUUGCCGCCCCCCACGACCAAUUCGUCAUUCCCGAGCGCUACACCCCCGUCAGCGGCGUUUUUACAUAUGGCCUCGUCACCGACGAGGAUCGGAACAAUUUCGAGCUCAAAGACUUACCCACGGUCCUGCGCGAUUCGUCCUUUACCCUCUACCUCGACGACAUCCCGGAAAAGGAUACCCGCAAGCAGACGUGCAUGGACAAGUGGCUCGAUGGCCUCGACCCCCGCGAAGUCGUGGUUGUCAAUAUCCGCCCAGAUGGCUACGUUGGCACCGUGCGCCGCUUUACAGAGGGAAGCAAAGAAAAUGGCAUUACGGCUAUACAGUGGAUGGACGAUUAUUACGAACGCUUCAUGUCGGAUACAUGAGGUGUUUUUAUCAUGCCAGUUUUUGCUUUUGUUUAAUCAUGGGUGGUUUUUUGGAGAUUUUUUGGGGUUUUCAUGAUGAUCCCUCUCCUUUUUUUUUCUUCUUCUACUUCUUCUUUGGCUCUCUUUGCAUGGCUUGGAGUUGGCGUGUCCCCCGGAAAAGUCGCUACGAACUAGACUUUCUUCCUUGACUCAUGUUCCCCCCCUUUUUGUUUUGCUUCCAUUCUCUCUCGCACUUGAAAGAAAAAUUCAUAUAUCCCACCCCCUCAUUUUGAGAAUAAAAAAUUUUCAAUUCCC